CAUGGUUUGUGUUUGCAGGCUGAUCUGAAGGAAGGAGGAGUUUUGGAAGAAGUUUGUGUGAGAAACAGUCGUGCAGCAGCUCUUCAUGCAGCCUCCUCAACAAGUUGAAGCAGUGAAGCGGAUAAAAGAAGAUCUGCCCGUUAUGGAAAUCCCUGCCAUAAAUCUAAAGGCCAUAGUACUGGUGCACUGGCUGCUUACAGUAUGGGGCUGCAUGGCGUGGCUGCCUCUCUCCUUUGCUUGGGGGAACUUCGGUGUUUUAGCUGUCGGAGUCUGGGCCAUCGCACAGAGGGACUCGAUCGAUGCCGUGCUCAUGUUUCUGAUGGGGAUGGUCGUGACGAUAUUGACCGACAUCGUCCAUUUUGGGAUCUUUUACCCGCUGAAUGACUUCGCAGCAGAGGGAGGAAGAAACGUAUUUCGCUUCAGCGCAGGAAUGGCCAUCCUCAGCCUGCUGCUCAAACCUGCGUCCUGCUUCUUCGUCUACCAAAUGUACCGCGAGCGUGGAGGAGAUUACAACGUUAACUUUGACUUAGAGACCUCUGUGGACAGUCGAUGCACCACGGAUAGUGCUGACAGUGCCUUUAUUGGCCGCCGCUAUUGAUUCCCGGCUUCUUCCUUUUUACUUAUUCUCUUCUCCAAUCAUCCUCUUCCGUCCUCUCCCACACAGGAAGUAAGAUUUACAAAUCAGGCUGCAGGACAAAACACUUUCCCAAUUAUUAUCUUGUUAAUGUUCUGUUGUCCAUCUUUCUCUAUUUAUAAUUAUUUAUAUUAAUUCAUCUGUCAGUCCUCCUCAGUACCCCCCCCCCCACACCCCCCCAUAUCUGUGUGUGUCACUCCAGUGUGUUUGUAUCCUGUUGUAUUAUAUGUGUUUAUAUGUUUCUGAAAGUUUGCACAUGUAUUAUUCAUAUUACUCUCCAGACGCCUCAUUUGUGUUUGUGUAUUCUGUUUGCAUAUAUUUAAAGCAGAGCUGCAUGAUGGUGCACAAAUAAGCCUAAUUAAAAAGUUAUAAUAGACAAUGAAUGUGUUUUUGAAAUGCACACAGAGUGAGUUAUUGAAGGUCUUCUUUUAGUAUUUUUAUGCUUUUAAAUAAAAUAACAUUAUAAACUCCACAGUUGUGAAGUAUAAGUACAAUUAAUAUAUCAUUUUGCAAAUCAUCCACACCCUCUGGAAUGAAAGUGCUUGUUUGAUUAGCAUAAAUAUGUGCGUGUUUGUCACAGUUAUAGGACUGUGGGUGAGCCGGUCUUUGAACCUCCACUUUGUUAUUCUGGCUGUUUGCUUCAGAGGAUCAUAGGGAGUCCUUUCAGUCUUCAGUUCAUUCAUCAUGAAGUGUAAAGCACCAAGGAACUUGCAUGCACUGGUUUUGCAUUGUCUACACGUAUUAGAAGAGAUUUAUUUUUAAGGCUCAUUUUCAGAUCAUUGAUGGCGGCCGGUUCUUGUGGUCAAUUCAUCUUUAAUCAGCCGCAGAACAAGCAGAUAGUCAGACAGUAGUGGAUGUAAGAGGAGACGGCGACACUCACACAGGGUUUUAGACUGUGUGUGUGUGUGUGUGUGUGUGUGUGUGUGUGUGUGUGGGUGUGUGUGUGUGUGUGUGAAAAAAAAU